UCUCUCUCUCUCUCUCUCUCUCUCUCUCUCUUUCUCUCUCUCUCUCUCUGUUCCCCUCCUCCUCUUCAGCUCUCUUUCACACUCACACUCUCUCACCCACUUAGUCUAUCACAUGUGCUGGUGGUGGUACCUUCCUGCCAGAUUCAGCUCUGAGCCAGUGGACAGUCUGUGUGUUCUGUAUUGGGCUCUCCAUCUAUCUAUAUAACUGCAGCUCUCAGCUCACUGCUCCUUUUAGACCUGCCAGGCUGUGGAUCCUCUGCCCUGCUGUUCUACUGUAGAUCAGUUCCAGCGGUUCCAACUGCUCCAGCUGCUGCACGGGGACUCGCAGGAUGGAGGCUGUGUCUCUCUAUGACUUUCGUGCCACGGAGAGCGAUGAACUCAGCUUCCAGAAGGGCGACGUGUUGAAGAUCACCAAUAUGGAGGAUGACCCAAACUGGUAUACAGCAGAGUUACUGGGAAGAAGAGGCUAUGUGCCCAAGAACUACAUCAGUGUGAGACCACACACGUGGUUUGCAGGACGGAUCUCCAGACAUGUCGCUGAGGGGCGUCUGCGGCAGCGGGAGUGCGGGGCGUUCCUGGUGCGGGAAAGUGAGAGCGCACCUGGGGAGUUCUCCAUAUCAGUCAGCUAUGGAGAUCAUGUGCAACACUUCAAGGUUCUGAAGGAGCGGGACGGUAACUACUUCGUCUGGGACGAGGUCUUCUCCUCCAUUAAUCAGCUGGUGGAUUUCUACAAGAGUAACAGCAUCGCUAAGGAACGAACCGUGUUCCUCAGAGAAGUAGAGCAGUCGCAGAGGCAGAGGCCUCAUCAAGCCCACGCCCUGUUCGACUUCAACCCCCAGCACAACUCCCAGCUGCACUUCCUGCGCGGUGAUAUCAUCGACCUGCUGGACUGCUCAGACUCACAGUGCUGGAAGGGUCGCUGCCACGGCCGCGUCGGGCUCUUCCCCAGAGAGUACGUCAAGCCCAUUUACCACUGACCUCUCGGCCGGGGCAGUGAGCACUGGUUUCACACAUGGACUGCCAGAGACCAGCGUUCAGUGAGGUAUUGUCUGAGAUGAGGUGAAGAAUAUAUGCAGACCAGUGACUUUCCAGACAAGAACCUGCAGAGAAACCAUGUGAUCACUUUCAUUUAGCCACCAGCGUAUAUAAAGCAAUGAUGCUGACACUAAGAGGCUAAUGGUGGGCUAUUUGAGAGGCUACUGGUGUCCAAAGAGGAGAUAAAGAGGUGUCACUAAACAGAGAGAGAAAUACUGUACAUACAGCGCUGUAGAAGAGUAUUUGCCCUUUUUCAGAUGCCUUUAUUUGGGUAUUUUAAUAACAUUUAAAUGUUUCAGAUCAUCCAUCUAAUUGUGACAUAAGAUUACUGUUUUUCUCAGUCAAUUUGUUGCGAUUCAGUGAGUGAGUGAGUGCAUUUCUCAGAAAAUGUUUUGUACAAACAGCAUCACACAAUGCUUAAAAGGCCUCCAUUAAAAUUUCUAGUUCAUGUCCAAAUUAUAAAUAUUUAUAUCAUAAACAUAUCAGAGUCAUCAGAAUUAAGAGGUCCAUUGUCACUGAUUAAAUACAGGACAGUCAAAAUGCUUAGUCACACUGUCUUGGAUAUAAAAAUUCUCAAAAGUGACAGAGAAAAGCUGUAAGAGCAAAUAAUUAAACACACGCACACACCUUCUGUUUACCUAAGAUUUAUUAAAACCCAAAGUUACACAUGGGAAAAAGUAAUUGCCCUAAACCUAAUAACUGGUUGUGCCAGUUAUCUUGGCCUUUAGAUUAUAUGUGAUGAGUCUAUUGUAUCACUGAAGAGGAGUGAGAUGAAUUUCUUCCACCCCAUAAAAAAUCACAUUGGACUCAACAGUUCACAGAAUAUUAUUACAAAAGCUUUGAGAGUCAUUUAGAUUUACUUUCUCAAAUGUGAUACAUCCGCAUAGAUGCUAUUUUUGCUCAGUGACUCUUAUUGUGGGAUUCUUCACUCUUUAGAUGUUCAUUAGGGUUCUUUAGUGAUCUCUGGAUACAUUUUUGAUGCACUCUUAGUAAAAGUUUGGUAGGCUGACCACUCAUUCUUCGUUUGUGGAUAACAGCUGAGGUUUGCUGGAGUCCUAGAGACUACGCAGUGGCUCUGUAAGACUUUCCAGGCCAAUAGGUUUGAAUGUUUCACAUCCGUAUUUCAAUCUGUUUAGAACAUUACGUCAUGUUCUUCUUUUAGACUAUCUCUACACAUAUCUGGAUAUUUUAAGAUAUUGUGAAUUCCCUCCCUCAACCAUUGAGAAUAUUUCCACCCACACAAAGAUGAUAAUGCAUGCAUUAGCAUGUUAGCUUUGUUUAGGGCGAUAUAACAUCAAAAGAAGAUAUCAGCACACCACAAAGAAGGAAGAAAACACACACAAAGGUGAAUGUGGACAUUAUAGGCCUAUGACUUAAUUUAUUAUAAAGGGAGUAGGGAGGUUUUGGAGUAUGGAGUUUUUCCUAUAAAAUUGCAUUCUUAAUUGGACUAGAGGGCAAAACACCGACAAAAAUCCUUAAAAAGUUUGCAAUCAACAGGUCUGGCAGUCAUUAUGCCGAAAUAAGGCUAGUGAAACUGAACCCAAGUGUGAACUGGUUAAGUGGUUUUAAUAGAAAAAUAGAGACAUUUACUUGUUCUUAUGGGUGAUAUUUUUAAAAGCUAAAAAUACUAAAACUGUGUAUGGCUUAUACUACAAUUAUAUGGAUGUUCUGAUACAUUAAAAUGUGACAAAUACGCAAAAACAGAAGAAAUGUGAACACUUUUAACAGCACUGUACAUAAACGUUUUGUAAAUAUCCCUCAAAUGCAACAUUUUAUUGCACUUUCUUUGUCAACUUGAAUAAUUUUAUUUUAAAUGUGUUGCAUUUGUUAUUACAUAUUGCCUGUUGAGUGUGUUUUGUUAUGUGGCAUUUUUAUUCCAUUGUCCUUGAUCUUAGUACUGUUUCAUACAUUAACAAGCUGUAUAUGAAUGUUGUUGCUAGGUAUAAAUAAAAAGGUGUUAAUGAUGAGAUCAUUGG